AUGCUAUACGCAUGCAGUAUUCUGUACAAGACGAAAUUACCUAUGAUUUUGGUAUUCAAUAAGACAGAUGUCAAAGAUGCGGAGUUUGCAAAGAAGUGGAUGACGGAUUUCGAAGCAUUUCAGGCUGCGCUAUGUCAGGAAGAGGAGGCUGGCGCGUUUGGUGGUGUGGAAGGAGGUGGGGUAGGAGGAAUGGGAGGGGGAAGUGGCUAUAUGGGCUCUUUUCUGAAUAGUAUGAGUCUAAUGCUGGAGGAAUUUUAUCGGCAUUUGAGUCUGGUCGGGGUCAGUUCUAUGACAGGAGAUGGAAUCGACGAGUUCUUCGAGGCGGUGGAGGAAAAGCGGAAGGAAUUUGAGAGGGAUUAUAAGCCUGAGUUGGAGAAGAAAAUGAGGGAGAGGGAGGAGGCGAAGGAGGCGAGGAGGGAGGUUGAACUGGGGAAGUUGCUAAAGGAUAUGAAUGUCUCUGGUUCUAGUCGCCCUGAUGGUGCGGGCGGGUCAAUGAAAAUCGAGGAGCCGGAUACUGUUUCUGAAGCGGAAGAAGAAGAGGAUCCGGAUGAAUAUGAAGACGUGAAGCCUGGUAACGGUGACAUGGGUCUCGGAGAUGAUGGUGGCCUUGAGGAGAGAUAUAAGCAUGCGCUGGAAGAGUCUGCACCAAAGCCCUCAAAACAGGAGCAAGAUGUUGCAAGAUAUCUACGGUCCAGCAAUAUUGGGUAA